CGCAAAAACAAAAUAUAAAUGAAGCCAAAGAAAAUAUUUUUGACAAUAAUAACUCAAAACCUCCAAAAAUACUUCCAUGGUGGACAUGGAAAAAGAUGGCUGUUGAAAAUGAAAAUGGGAAAAAAUCCCUUGUAGAGGACUUAACUAACCAAUGCUGUCAAUGGGCAUUAGAUGGAUUAUGUGAUCGAAGUUGGCAAAGAAUAAGGGAACUUUGGUUGGGGUUUUUUAAUUAUAUUUUUCAUAAUAAGAAAGGAAUUUACAAAAGGGUUGUUUAGGGGGUUUUCCAUUGUAU